AUGGCAGAGACUUCGUCGAAGGGUGGCAAAUACCUGAGCUACCGUGGUUCAAAAGAAAGAUGCAAACGGGUCAUGGAGUGGAUUUCGCAGAUCACUGAUGAGGAGGCCUUACGCAGGCAUGAGAAGAACAAGAAGGUCUACGCUAAGGUCAAGGAUUCGAAAGACAAGGAUGCAUGCAUGAGGAAGGGAUCCUUCUCACUACGGCUCGACGAUUUCGACAGUGAAGAGCCUUUGGAGGACCAGAUCACGGUGAACUUCGAGCUCCUCAAGCAGUGGUUCGAGUUGAUGGGGCGAGAGACCCCCAUGGGACAUGAGAUCCAGGCAGCGAUCUUAGAAAAGAAUGAGGUCUUUCGGUUUCUGUACACGACCAAGCCGAAGUAUCAAAAGGUGGAGGCCUAUGAGGCUGCCCUAGACUGGAGGGGGUUAGUGGCAGACUUUUUAGUGACCGAAAGACGGUCAGGUGGGGUCAGGCGAGGGCCACAUGAAUCCCGCAUCUCCGAGCUCAAAGAGAUUGUCCGCCGGGUAUCUGGACCCCGGGAGAAGAAGCGUGACCGUUCAUCAAGGGGCUCAGCUUCCCGGGAUGGCAUGGAAGACAGUCAGGCCAUGAGCGGUGGUGUGAGCACACCACUGUCUUCGAUGUGUUCGUCUGAGCAGCUGAUCAAGGAGAGAUUGGAGAACAUGACUGAUGAUGCGGAUAUGCCUGCAAAGGAGGAGUUCAAGAACCAGGAGACUCAGCCCUACAAACCGGAACAUUUCCAGGCCUUCUUUGGAUGGCGCAUGACGCUUGGUCCGGACUUUUUCAACUUGCAGGUCAUGCCGCGGAUCGUGCGCCAUACGGAGCUGCUGGACCACGUGGGGAAGAGCAGCUGGUUAGAUCAGCAAGUGAUCUAUGCCCACCUGGAGAAUUGGGAUUCGAUGAUGAGGUUGUUGGGCUGGAAAGUAGCUGAAGAUAAAGGAGUUCCAUUUGCAAGUUCUCUUGCUUGUCUGGGAGUGAAGAUCGACCUUGAGCACUUCGCAUUUGGAUGUGUGACCAUUUCAAACACGCCUGAACGCAAGAGGGAACUGGCUGAGACGGUUCGCAAAGUUUUGCAAGACGGAAAGCUCAGCUUGACCUCGGCGCAGAGCUUAAGAGGACGCAUGCAGUUUGCCGAAAAUCAGUUCAUGGGUAGGAUGGCCAGACGAGCACUGGCAGCAGUCACGGAGCACUCGGUCUUAGGGCGAUUAGAUGUGAGUUUCUCUUUGAGGUGCCAUUUGGAAGAUUUUCUAGGUGAAUUGCUUGAAGGGCCCCCCAGAACCCUUAAGACCUUCACCAGAGACACGCUCUUCCUUUUCACCGACGCCUGUUUCGAACCUGACCGUUCUGAUCCGGUAGGAAUUGGAUGUGUCCUUGUGGGUACCGAAGGUCGCCCGCUCGAGUUCAUCGCCGGUUCCCCUCAGCUUUCGGUUUGCGAAUUUCUGGGUCUCGGCGCAAAGAAAACCAUUAUUUUUGAGGCCGAAAUGUACGCUUUGCUGGUUGGACUUAAGGUCUGGGGAGAAAAGUUUGCCAAUCGCCAGCUUGUCGUGUAUGUCGAUAAUGACGCAGUAAGAGGAUCAAUAGCAAACUCCUACGAGAGGCUGGGAGCAGCUGGCAUGAUGCUUGAGCGCAUUAACAGCAUUGAGUCUUCUCGUCAGUUCCUCAUGUGGGUUGCGCGUGUUCCCUCAAAGUCAAAUGUGGCCGAUGGACCAUCGCGUGGCGAUUACGCCGCACUGGAGGAUGCCGGAGCAUUUCGCGUGCAGUGUCUACUAGACUUCGCACCUUUUCAGAGGGAAGAGCUGAAUGGGGGAGUUGCAGUUCCCCGCUGA